AUGUUCAUGGCAGUGAUGAGAGAUUAUGCUGAUGUCUUCGAGAAACUGUUGGAGAUUCCUGAUUCAGCUCAUGUGGGACCCAACGGCUGGAAUGCUCUGCAUGCUGCCGUGAGAAACGGUAACUCUGGGUAUUUAGUCAACUCAGUGAGUGCCCCUCUUCUUAAUGCUGCUGCACAACGAGGACAUGUUGGUGUUGCUCGAGAGCUUCUUAAACAUUGUCCAGAUGCUCCCUAUUGCGAUAAAAAUGGCUGGACAUGUCUGCACAAGGCUGUAGACUAUGAAAAGACGGAGUUCGUAGAAUUUGUACUCGGUUCGCCACAGCUUGGUAAGCUCAUUAACAUGCAAAAUUCAGUCGGAGAUACUGCUCUGCAUAUGGCAGUCCUGAAGUGCAAUCCGAAGAUGGUCGCCUCUUUACUGCAUCACCAAGAUACGGACGUCACAGUGGUUAACAACGGAGGUGUCCCAGUAAAGGGGAAUUUAUAUGGUGCCACUGAUCAUGCCAAGACUUUAAACUGGAAUGAAAUAUCCAUGCUUUUGUUGAAAGCUGAUCCUCAAGAGGCAGGAUCUAUUUAUAAUCUCCACAAGGAUGCCAAGGAUGAAAUGACAAACUUAUCAAGAACGGAUAUCAAGUCACUGACUCAAACGUACACAGGCAACACUUCCUUAGUGGCAAUCCUCCUCGCGACAAUUACCUUUGCUGCUGCUUUUACUUUGCCAGGAGGUUACAGCAGUGAUGCCGGAAGCCAGGGACUUCCCAUUAUGGUCAGGAAGGCUGCGUUUCAAGCAUUCUUGAUCUCUGACACCUUAGCAAUGUGCGCUUCACUUGCUGUGGCUUUCAUAUGCAUCAUAGCAAAGUGGGAGGAUCUUGAGUUCUUGCUUUACUACAGAUCUUUUACAAAGAAGCUUAUGUGGUUUGCGUACGUGGCAACUACCACAGCAUUCGCAACUGGUUUAUACACAGUUCUGGCCCCUCGUCUCCUCUGGUUGUCUGUUACGGUUUGCGUUCUGACAGGUUUAUUGCCCAUCCUUACUAAACUACUAGGUGAAUGGCCCAUCUUAAAACUGAGAUUUCGGCUGGGUCGGAAAUUCAAGUCUGAGCUCCUUGAUAUGGUCUAA